AUGUACAUCUGGUAUGACUUCCGUGUGGUCUUGCCCCAAGGUGGAACAGGACAAAAUGAUUCCAUGACCCUUUCCAGUUAUUCUCCUCAAAGGCUCAUUCUGUGUCCAUACAAGAGCCAAAGAUGUUUGUCUUGCUCUAUGUUACAAGUUUUGCCAUUUGCGCGAGUGGACAGUCGCGGAAUAAUCAGUUCAAAGGAGAAAGCUACUCCCCGAGAUAUAUCUGUAGCAUUCCUGGCUUACCUGGACCACCAGGGCCCCCUGGAGCAAAUGGUUCUCCUGGACCUCAUGGUCGGAUUGGCCUUCCAGGAAGAGAUGGUAGAGAUGGCAGAAAAGGAGAAAAGGGUGAAAAGGGGGCUGAAGUGGGGUUGCAUCCCACGAGGUGGGGUCAAGAUGAAUGCCAAGGAAGAAAAAGUGAAAAUAAUUACAGAGGAAUUCCUUGAAGAUGAAGCCCAGGCCAGCAAGCAGAAGAAACCUUACAAGGUGCAAAGGCAGAAACGAAAGAAGCAGGCCUGGGCGCUAGAUGUCAGUGCAGGAUCGCAGAUUCUGGGGGAGACCCGAAUUCCAUUCUACUUAGAACCGGGCCCGCCCCAAAUUCUGGCCCUGCAAGGAUCGCCCUCCUUGGGGAGGAGGGAGGAGCCCCCCCGUUGCUGCGAGGUCGCCCUAGCCCAGCCUGCUGGACCUGGGGACAUGGCAUCGAAAGAAAAACAUCUUGGCAGCCAGCCAGAAGCAGAUCUGGAGCUGGAGCCAGAGCCAGAGGCUGAGCCAGGGUCAGGGAACCCCAACACUAGCCUGCUGCAAACGGCCUCUCGGCGAGGCCCACGGAGCUUACCUCCAAUCCAGUCAGCAUCCAGAACAGGCUUUGCAGAAUUUGCCAUGCGGGAACGUAUGAGGGAAAAAUUACAGGCUGCAAGGUCCAAAGCAGAAAGUGCAUUGCUGCAAGAAAUUCCCAAGCCUCCCCCCAGGCGCCUGAGAAGUCCCAUUGCGAAAGAAGCAGAGACUGAGUUUGGCACUGAGCCAGGGAAAGAGGUGGAAAGAACUCAACAAGAUGAGUCCCAAAGUUAUUCCAGACUGAAGUUCCGUGAUACUGCACGAAAAAUUAAAUCUAAACCGCCGGUGCCACCUGGCUUUCCUUCUGCUGAAGAAGCCUAUAACUUCUUUACUUUCAAUUUUGAUCCUGAACCAGAGGAAUCAGAGGAAAAAUCAAAGGCCAGAAGUAGAGAUGCAACUACCCAAGAGGAGGAAGAAGGAGAGGAAGAAGAACCAGCUGUUCAAGAAGAAGUUGAUAAAACGCAGAGUGAGGAAGAACGUCUGAGUGAUAAAGAAGCAGAAGAUUUUUUACUGGGCUUAGAUCACAUGGCCGAAGAGUUUGUGGCCAUCAGACCUGCAGAAUAUGAAAGUGUACAUGCUCGACUGCAAAUGGAAAAAGAACUUCUGUUUGUUCCCAGAAGGACCACAGUACCGACCUACAAAAAGCUGCCUGAGAAUGUGCAGCCUCGCUUCCUGGAAGAUGAAGGGUUUUAUAUUGGGGCCACACCAGAAGUGCCGCAGACCAACCGGAACAUCAUGGAGAACAGACUGCUGGUGCAGGAGCCGGAUAGAAAAUGGUUCGGAGAUGAUGGCAGAAUUGUCGCCUUGCCAAACCCCAUCAAACCUUUUCCAUCAAGACCACCAGUGUUGAUAUCUGAACCCAAUACCAAGGCAGAACUUGAAACGCUGUAUAAAAAGGCUGUAAAAUACAUGCACAGUAGUCAGCAACAGAUGGGAUCUGGAGACUCACCUGGAAACUUCCAGCUCGACAUUGAUAUUUCUGGUCUGAUCUUCACACAUCAUCCCUGUUUCAGCAGAGAGCAUGUCUUGGCAGCUAAGCUGGCCCAAUUGUAUGACCAGUACCUGGAGAGACGCCAGAGGAACAAGGCCAAAUUCCUCACCGAUAAGCUUCAAGCUCUCAGAAAUGCUGUUCAGAUGGGCCUUCAUCCAGCAAAAAGUCACAAGUCUCUUGAGACUCCCCAGAAAACCAUUCAAGAGUAUAAGUCUGAAAUCUGGCAAACAAGAAAGCUGCGUGACACAGAACAAGAAAAAGAUCGAACGCUACUAAAGACCAUCGUCAAAGUCUGGAAAGAGAUGAAAUCCCUUCGAGAGUUCCAGAGAUUUACGAACACACCCUUGAAACUUGUUUUGAGAAGGGAAAAAGUUGACCCGAAAGCUGAUGAGGAAACCUACGAAGCAGAGAUUCGGGCUGAGAUCAGCGAGUGGCUGGAGGAACAUGCAGCUGAGUACGAAGAGAGGCUGCAAGAGUUCCGUGCUGCCCAGCAGCGGUGGCGGGCCUGGAAGAAAGCUCAGAAGAAGAAGAAAAAGAAGAAAGAAGAAGCGACAGAUGAAGCUCCAGAGGCAGAUAAGGAGGAGGAAGAGGAGGAAGAGGCAGAUUCUGAGGAAGAGCCAGUGAAGCCGGUGCCCCCAGAGCCCCCAGAUCCUGCAGCUGUGGAGCAGCAGGUGCGGGAGAGAGUGGCACAGAGCAGGAGGCGACCUGGGGAGCCUGCUCUAGUCCCAGAGCUGAGUCUGGCCGGGAGUGUGACGCCCAAUGAUCAGUGUCCCAGGGUGGAGGUCACGCGCAGAGAGGACAUUAAGAGGCGCUCCGUGUACUUGAAGGUGCUCUUCAACACCAAGGAGGUGUCCCGGACUGACAGCCGGGCUCUCGGGACUGACUUCCGAGUGCACUUCGGACAGAUUUUCAACCUACAGAUAUUCAACUGGCCUGAGAGUUUGACACUGCAGGUGUAUGAAACUGUGGGACAUGGUGGCGCCACCUUGCUAGCUGAAGUGUUUCUGCCCAUCCCAGAAACAACCAUCGUCACUGGGAGAGCCACCAUUGAAGAAGUGGAGUUCAGCAGUGACCAACAGGUGGCGCUAGACCACGAGGGUGUUGGCAGUGGGGUGCCUUUCUCCUUCGAAGCUGAUGGCAGCAAUCCACUGAUUCUGAUGACAUCGGGGAAGGUGUCCUACAGUGUGGCAUGGGCUGUUGGAGAGACGGGGAUCCCCCUCAUUCCACCACUGUCACAGCAGAAUGCCGGAUUUAGAAGUGUGUUGAAGAGGGCAGAUGCCAUCUCCGCGAUCGGGACGUCAGGAUUGACAGACAUGCAGAAGUUGGCCAAGUGGGCAGCCGAGUCCAAGCUUGACCCAAAUGACCCCAACAAUGCUCCAUUGAUGCAACUGAUCUCGGUGGCAAACAGUGGUGAAUCCUAUAUUCCCAAGUUCUUUCGACUCGAGCAGCUCCAGCAGGAAUUUAACUUCAUUUCCGAUGAGGAAUUAAAUCGAUCCAAACGCUUCAGACUUCUUUGUCUUCGAAGCCAAGAGGUUCCCGAAUUCCGAAACUAUAAGCAAAUUCCAAUAUAUGACCGAGAAAUUCUGGAGAAAGUAUUCCAGGACUAUGAGAAACGAUUACGAGACAGAAAUGUGAUUGAAACCAAAGACCACAUAGAUACCCACAGAGCCAUAGUAGCCAAGUACCUUCAGCAGGUUAGAGAAUCCGUGAUAAACCGUUUUCUGGUUGCAAAACACCAUUUUCUUCUCACUGACUUGAUAGUAGAAGAAGAAGUUCCCAAUAUCAGCAUUUUGGGUCUGAGCCUCUUCAAGCUGGCAGAACAAAAGCGGCCGCUAAAGCCAAGGAGGAAAGGGCGGAAGAAGGUGACAGCGCAGAACCUGUCAGAUGGAGACAUCCGGCUGCUGGUGAACAUAGUCCGGGCCUAUGACAUUCCCGUGAGGAAGCCCAACACCAGCAAAUUCCAACAGCCCUCAAGAGCCUUGAGGACUUUCAGCGACAGGCAUUCAGCCUCCCCUACCACACACAGCCCGACCCAGGGCGCUGACCCCAACUUUGGCCAGGCUUUAGUGCGUCCCUUUGUAGAAGUUUCUUUCCAACGGACAAUUUGCCAUACGACAACAGCCGAUGGCCCAAACCCCAGCUGGAAUGAAGAGCUCGAACUCCCCUUCAGGGCCCCCAAUGGGGAUUACAGCACCACCAGUUUGCAGUCGGUGAAAGAUGAUGUGUUCAUUAACAUCUUUGAUGAGGUGCUGUAUGAUGUCUUAGAGGAUGACCGUGAGAGAGGCAGUGACAUCCACACCCGCAUUGAGAGACACUGGUUGGGCUGCGUGAAAAUUCCAUUUAGCACCAUCUAUUUCCAAGCUAGGAUUGAUGGGACCUUCAAAGUGGACGUCCCGCCUGUUCUCCUGGGCUAUAGCAAGGAGCGUGGUGUGGGUGCCGAGCGCGGUUUUGACCCUGUGCGCAGUCUGAGUGAUGGUUCCUACCUCACCCUCUUUAUCACCAUGGAGCCUCAGCUCGUGCCCGGGGAGCCACUUCGAGAAAAGUUUGAUUCGCAGGAAGAUGAGAAAUUACUUCAAGCCACAGAGAAGUUUCAAGCCGAAUGUGCCUUAAAGUUCCCGACCCGUCAGUGUUUUACAACCGUGAUCGACCUAAGUGGAAAGACUGUUUUCAUUACCCGCUAUCUCAAGCCUCUGAACCCCCCUCUGGAGCUCCUUCACGCCCACCCCAAUAACUCACAGGCAAUGGCAGAGCUGGUGGCUCGAUAUGUGUCUCUGAUCCCUUUCUUACCAGAUACGGUCUCCUUCGCAGGCAUUUGUGACCUGUGGACCACCUCAGAUCAAUUUCUUGACCUCCUGGCUGGGGACGAAGAGGAGCACGCAGUCUUACUCUGUAACUAUUUCCUCUCCCUGGGGAAGAAAGCCUGGCUUAUGAUGGGAAAUGCAAUUCCUGAGGGUCCAACUGCCUAUGUGCUAACUCGGGAACAAAGCCACUACUUGAUUUGGAAUCCCUGCAGCGGUCACUGUUAUGGACAAUUUGACACAUUCUGUCCCUUAAAAAGCGUGAGCUGUUUAAUAGGGCCUGAUAAUGUUUGGUUUAAUAUUCAACAAUAUGAUUCCCCACUAAGGAUAAAUUUUGAUGUCACCAGGCCCAAGUUAUGGAAAUCUUUCUUUUCAAGAAGCUUUCCAUAUCCUGGACUUUCCAGUGUUCAGCCAGAAGAGCUCAUUUACCAACGCACAGACAAAGCAGCAGCCACUGAACUCCAGGACAGGGUUGAAAAAAUACUGAAAGAGAAACUCAUGGACUGGCGGCCCCGCCACCUGACCCGCUGGAACAGGUACUGCACGUCCACGCUGCGUCACUUCUUGCCCCUCCUGGAAAGGAGUCGAGGAGACGACGUGGAAGACGACCAUAGGGCAGAGCUGCUCAGACAGCUGGGAGACUACAGGUUCUCCGGAUUUCCCCUUCACAUGCCCUACUCUGAAAUGAAGCCUUUAAUUGAAGCCGUGUACAGUACCGGAGUGCAUAAUAUUGAUGUCCCCAACGUCGAGUUUGCUUUAGCCGUGUAUAUCCACCCAUAUCCCAAAAACGUUUUAUCCGUCUGGAUCUACGUUGCCUCCCUUGUCCGCAACAGAUAGCAUUUUCACUGGACUUUUAAUGGUCUGUAAAAAUUGUAAUUAGGUUGAGGAUAUAUAUAUAUAUAUAUAAUUUUUUAAAUA